UAUUGUUAGGCUACCAGCUACAGUUCUCUCUUCACGACACUCUGUUCGCGGGAGGCCUAAGACGCCUACACAGCGAAAAGGUUUGAGAGUGAAACCCUAGAUUUUACGACGCCGAUGGCUAACGAUACUGCUCACAGGAAGUACCGCCGAUCUGCUUCAGAUGAGGAGGACGAUCGAUCUUCGAAGCGUCACAAACACCGUCACCAUCGCCGCCACCACCACAGACAUCGUCACAGUAGUAAUAAGAAUGAAGAAGAAAGCUGCCGUGACCAGGAGGACAGUGUUCCUCCUGUUGCUAAUCGUUGGUCUCGACCCCAAGAUGACGUCGAGGAAGGUGAAAUUCUCGAGGGGGAUGAGUCCGGCGUUCGCGAGAAUGAGAGCGCGAUGAAGGAGGCGGAUAUGGAAUUUGGGGAACUUGAAACUGAUAAAAAUUCUGAUAGAAUUGUCCGACCCACUAAGGAGUGUCAUUCGGUGGAUGAAUCAUCUAAUAUCAAGGCUAAUUUAACUGUGAAGGAGGGAGCAGUAAACAGUCCUCAGGAUCAGAAAACCUCGAAAGUGGACAGUAAGUUCUAUAAUUUAGAUAAGGACAAAGGUGGCUCUUAUCUAAAAACAGACAGAGACAAGGAAAUCAGGAUGCUCGAUCAAACUGAGUCUGACUGUAAGCACGGCAAUGAUGUUUGCUUUUCCAUAAGUGAAAUGACUGGAAUUAAAUACAAUGAUCUUGAAUGUUGCCGAGAGGAUCAUCUCAAAGAUGGUUAUGAUCAUAAAUCUAUGGAGUUAGAUGAGAGGCAGAACAAACAAAUGUUGUCUCCUUCCAAAGGGGGUAUUAAGAAAAUAAGCAACAAUGACCAUGGAAAGGUGGCAACAGAUGGAAGCACCUUGAGUUAUUUGAAAAGGCCACAGUUAGAAAGGGCAGAAGACAAGUCUCAGGAUUUGACGCCAUCAACAUCUCAUGAUCAAUUCAUUGACACAUCAGAUUGCAGGAGUAGAUCAAGGUCAAAUUGUCAUUCUUGGGGGCAAUCUCAUUCUCGUGAAACAGUAGAAGAGGAGGCAGAGUCAAGGAGAAGACAUCAUCAUGGUUGGGAUCACCCAAUAUUUGAUGAUAAAAGUAAAAUUCAUAAUGACUUGGACGAGGGUUAUACUGAUCGUGCUAGGAAAGAAGGAAGGCAACGAAGCAGGGAUACGAAGGACAGACGGAGAAGUAAGACGGAGGUGGAUAGGGACUGGUCAAAGGAAAAUGAAAUGGAAAAAACCAAAGAUAAAGAUAGGGGUAUAGAUAAGCAAAAGUAUGAUGAGAGAGAGAGAGGAAGAAGUAGGGAUAGAAGAAAGGAGAUGGAACAAAAUAGGAGCAAGGAAAGAGAGUUGGAAAGGGAUAGAAGGAGGGAAAGGGAUGUGGAAAGAGAUAGGAGAGUGAAGGAAAGAGAGGUGGAAAGAGAUAGAAGAGUGGAGAGGGAAAGAGAGGUGGAAAGGGAUAGAAGAGUGGAGAGGGAUAGAGAGGUGGAAAGAGAUAGAAGAGUGGAGAGGGAUAGAGAUUGUAGCAAGGAAAGAGAGUUGGAUGGGGAUAGAAGAGCAGAAAAGGAAAGAUGUAGGAGCAGAGAUAGAGAGGGUAAUAGGGAUAGAAGAAGAGAAAUGGAAAAGGAUAGGAGCAAGGACACAGAAGUGGAUUGGAAUGCAAGAAGAGAUAGGGAGAGGGAUCGGAAUGACGAUAAGGCUGAAUAUAGUGAUAGGAAUAGAGACAGGGAAAGGGUGAGAGAGAUGCAGAAGGACCGGUUUAGGGAUACAGAAUUAGAUAGGGAGAGACGAGACAAUAGAAACAAGAAUGAAGCCAGUGACAUUGUAAGUAGUAAGGACAAGUAUGGGAAUCUUGAGCCUGGCUAUGCUAAAGGUUCUAAGCAGCCUAGGCAUUAUGAAAAUGAAUCUGGUCAGGAUGGGGGACAAGUUAAUGCUGUUGGAAAGCAUGGUAGUUUUAGGAGAAUUAGUCUGGAAGGAGGUGAAGACAAGCUAGUGAGUGAUCACGAUGAGGAGGAAGAGGACGGAGACAGCAUGUCAUUUCAAUUAGCCGAUCAAGAAGAGGAGGAUCUUAACAGAAUCAAGGAGGAGAGUAGAAGACGGAGGCAAGCAAUCUUAGAAAAGUACAAAUGCCAGCAGUUGGAGAAACAAGUAGAGCCUUCUUUGAAGCAAUCUGAGAAAGAUAAGGAUUCUGCAAAUGAUUCUUCUCAAUCAGAAGCUGCUGCUCAUGCUAUUCCAAAAUUGGUUGAUGGGCCUGUGGAUGAUAGUGUUGCUGACUCAUCUUUUGUUGUGGAGAAAUCACCACAUCAAACUGGAGUAGCUGCAUCUGAUAACACUGCUGGUACUAAAGGACUUGGAGAGGGGACUCCAAAGGCUGAGGGAUCAGAUGGAUUAUUCUGUGAUGACAUUUUUGGAGAAACACCUGCUGCAGUUCGUAAAAUGGGCAAAGGCGAUGGUUUGCAGAUAGAGAGGAGUGGCCUUCAUGACAAUUGGGAUGAUCCAGAUGGAUAUUAUAACUAUCGGUUUGGUGAAGUGCUUGAUAGUCGGUAUGAAAUAGCUGCUGCUCAUGGAAAAGGUGUCUUUUCAACUGUAGUCCGUGCAAAGGAUCUCAAAGCUGGUCAUGGUGAACCAGAAGAAGUGGCAAUCAAAAUUUUACGUAGUAAUGAAACAAUGUACAAGGCUGGUCUGGAGGAGUUGGUCAUAUUGAAAAAGCUAGUAGGUGCAGAUCCAGAUGAUAAGCGUCACUGUGUUCGUUUUCUUUCAAGUUUCAAAUAUAGGAAUCAUCUUUGUUUAGUUUUUGAAUCUCUUCAUAUGAAUCUCCGUGAGGUCUUGAAGAAAUUUGGGCGCAAUAUUGGCCUUAAGCUAACUGCUGUGAGGGCAUACGCUAAGCAGCUUUUUAUUGCCCUGAAGCAUUUAAGAAACUGUGGUGUUCUACACUGUGACAUAAAGCCGGAUAAUAUGCUGGUUAACGAGGGAAAAAAUGUUCUGAAGCUUUGUGAUUUUGGAAAUGCGAUGUUUGCUGGUAAAAAUGAAAUCACGCCAUACCUUGUUAGCCGGUUUUAUCGUGCCCCUGAAAUAAUUUUAGGGCUGCCAUAUGACCAUCCAAUGGAUAUCUGGUCUGUGGGUUGCUGUUUGUACGAGCUUUCUACAGGAAAAGUUCUUUUUCCUGGUCCUUCUAAUAAUGACAUGCUGCGUCUACACAUGGAAUUAAAGGGCCCCUUUCAGAAAAAGAUGCUUCGUAAGGGAGCAUUUACUGAGCAACAUUUUGACCAGGACCUGAACUUCCAUGCUUCUGAGGAGGAUCCUGUAACAAAAAAGACCAUAAAGCGAAUAAUAGUCAAUAUAAAGCCUAAAGAUAUUGGAUCAAUUAUUAGGGGAUCUCCUGGUGAAGAUCCAAAGAUGUUAGCCAAUUUUAAGGAUCUUCUAGACAAAAUUUUUGUGUUGGAUCCAGAAAAAAGGAUGACAGUAUCACAAGCAUUGAAUCAUCCAUUCAUCACUGUCUUCUUUAUGAUGACCUAAGCUUCUGGCACACUUAUGGGAUGAUUGAAUUCAGAAGGGGUCAUAUUGGUCAAGAGUGGCGGGUUCUUUCAGUGGAAUGUACUGUUUCUAUUGUAAGACAACUUGCUGAAAGCGUUUCUUCGCCUUGUAAUCAUUUUUUAUUGUGACCAUUAUGAAAAUUUUGUCCAUACUUGUUUUCCACAUUAUUUUUUUUUAUUUUGUACUUCAAACACCAUUUCUGCAGUUGUGCAAUAGUAAGGACAAAAAAAUCUAUUAAGUUUUAGUGCUUUGGUAAAUAAAGUUUGUUCUUUUUUUGAA